AUGGAGAACAAGUUCAAUUUACCUUUUAGAGGAGAAUAUAAAACUUUCUGGCCCAGAGACUUUAUGAAACUCAUAACAAUAUCAGGGAGAUCCAGUGUUCAAAAUAUCUCUUCCUCAAGUUGUGAAUUGCUUUUGACUUGGGUUAUCCAAACAAAGGAUCCGUACGCAAUUCUUUGGAAAAUGGAUGCGCCCAUUGGUAAUUAUAAUAAGAUUGGUUGCGUUGCUUUAUCGCCUUCGAGGUCCGAAAUCGCUGUGACAAACCUGGUCAGCGGAAUAGAUUUUUAUUCCCUUAAAGAACGGAAACAUAUGGGAACCACGUAUUAUGACUUUUUGGGAAAAUCAAAAUCCAAUCGUAUAGCCAACAUUGCGUACAUGCGAGAAGACUUUGUGGUCGCGGGGUUGCUGAGAACGGACAAAGUUAAGAUCCGCUCAUCAUUACGACUCGCAUUUGGUGUUGUCAGAAGCGAGCCAAUUAUUUUCUACGCAGACGGAGAAGGGGAGAACCUUUACUAUGUCGUUCUUUCUGUCCACUUUAAACGUCACCUUACCAACAAAGAUGAUGUCAAGGAGGCCGAGACGAGGCACGGGGAUGUGCCAACCACGCCACCACAAGCGAUGGUUAACAAAGAUCCAUCUCGGAUCGUUCACAACCAACAGUCGAAGCUCUCUCACGCCUUGCCCAAUGAUCAGUCUGCCCAGAUCCCUACGUCUGCUGUCCAACAGGUGCCUCCUAUGGCGUCCAACCAGGCAGUUCCCAUGAUGGUGCCCGAUGAAGUACCUCCCAUCAUGGCGCUUAACCAGAUGCCUUCCAUUGCGUCUAGUCAAGUCCUUCCCACUGAAGUGCCCCUCACGACAUCCAAUCAGGAGCCUCUCGUGGUACCCAAUCAGGUCGACGAUAGGUCGCUCAUGGCGCCCACGGAGGUCUCCACUUCGUCGUCAGGCCACGUCAACGCCGCAUCCGCACCCAAUCAGGAACCUAUCACUUUGUCCAACCACUCCUUUGGUGCCUCCACCCAUGCCUCUGCCAACUCUUCGGACCAGGUUCGUUUCAAUGUGUCCGACGUCUCUCUCAACGUCUCCGACCAAGUCCUUCGCAACGCCUCCGACCAAGUCCUUCGCAACGCAUCCGUCCCUCCAAUUGCAAAUGCGUCCAUCCCUCCCAAUGCGUUCAUCCCUCCCAAUGCGUCCGUCACUCCUAAUGUGUCCGUCAUUCCUAAUGCGUCCGCCUCUGCCACUACAACUCUCCCCCCCACAACCGCAUCAACCAACAUGUCUGACUUGAAAGUUACCCAGGCUCCUUCCGUCACUUCCAAUCAAGUAUCUUCAAGUACUAGUACCACCGACAAGGAGGACUCCUCUCCAACAGCGCGUAGUGGCCAACUCAAUUCGGAGAAUGACUUGCUAUCAUCGGAGAAUGAUUCGCACCAUGGCCAACACUUUUCCACGGCUCGGAGGGUAUCGAGAGCCUUAAAAGCUAUUCUUUCAGCGGCCCUGGUCGCCUGGAUUAUUGCAGCCGGUUACCCAUACAUCUCUUCGAAAUCUCUAUCAAAUUUGAAGCAAGCUCUUGACCCUUUCCUCCCACUGCUAAGUCAACCCACUGCGGUUGCGUAUGAUUCCGAGACUGCCCAAUUUCUAAAGCCGAAAGUCGCGCUAGCAACUCAACCUACAGUGAUUGCGCAUGAUCAUGAUCCUGAGAAAGUCGGAUUGCUCGAGCCAACCACCAGGUUGACACCCGAGAGAUACAUGGAAGAAUUUCAGCUCAGGGCAGCAGGCAUCACUCAGGCUACGGCAUGUACGCAUGUCCCGUCGCCAACAGAAUCUCCCGCCGUUAGUAUCGUGGUCUGCACUGUCACGGAAACCGUCACAGUUACAGCCAUACAAUCGGUUACCAUUACAACAGACCUAAAUAGGCCCACAGUUCUUCCUGGCCCUGCCCCCCCUCCGAAGCUGACCAGUCCAGAGACGGCGAACUCAGGCUCAAGCACGAAUUACAUGUUUUAUUGCUCUAUUCUGCUCUGCCUUUUCUCGCUUCGCUUGCAAAUUUUGCGCUUUCUUCCCCAUAUCAACAAGUUCUAUCACCUUCUCCGCUACGCCUAUCGCCUUCUCCACUACGUGUUUUGCCUGUUCGCCGAACUCACGCGCCCCGCUGAAUACAACGAGACAAGCCCGGAAAAGGCCCUGAAGUCCGACGUAAUGAUCGUGGAGCCUGAGGGAGACUUGGAGCUUGAGGGAGACUUGGAGCAGAAGGCGGACGAGGAAUUGGACUUGGUCAAUAUCAAAUCUGAGGAUGUGGAUUCGAAAUAUUGA